CCCGAUUGUUCUUCAAUAACCCAUGCAAAUGCCUCAGGUUAUGGCUAAACCGUUUCUGAGUAAAUCUUAAAAUAUAAACACUGCUAGAAAACAUUUGUUACGUUUUUGUGAAGCAGUCAGAAAAAACUGACAAAGAUUCGACAUGAAAGAGUCGUCUUUCCGCUACAAAAUAGUAUAUCCGAAAAAUCCGUGCUCGUCGUUUUUAUUAGCAGUUCUUCUUUUAGAUCAAGUCGGAAGUGGGCCCACGUGGAAUGACUGAUUGAUACAAAGUUGUAUCGCAUUUUCAGCUUCGUACAGAUAAUUCAUCGGACACCAGAUAUUGUGAAACCUCGAGCUUGUGAAUGAGUAUAUUCAUAGGGAAAAUCCUCAUAGGAUAUCUUUCACAUGUCUCAAAUCACAACGUGAUCAGACUGUAAUUUCAAGAUUUUUCACACUAUCUUUUGCAAGCCCUAUGCCUCAGGAACUACAUGAGCUAUGAACGUUUUGGAUAUGAUAUUUUGUAGCGGAAAGACGACUCUUUCAGGUCGGAUCUUUCUCAAUUUUUUCUAACUGCUUCACCAAAACGUAUCAGUCUAACAAGAUUGAUAUCUGCCGGCAGGCACGAAGAAGCUGUACCCUCUAUUUGUUUAAGGCAUCAACGAUAGCAACUAAGAUAUUCAUAUUCGUAAUUAGCAUCAAAUUCUCUACAAGAGAGACUCAAAUAUGUUGUAUAUUGGUAUAUUUUCCACAAAAAGAUCUCUUUCAGUUUUGAAUAUAUAGAGCUGUCAAUAUCCGAGAUUAAACUUAGUAAAAUGUAUGAGUUUCACUUUUCAGUUUUAGUGGUUUCACCAGAAAAAACAACAGUUCACCGUGAACUCCUCUGACUAUGAUGUUCCGAAAGGUGGUCAAGAAAAUUACGUUGGUCAUUUCAAAUUCAUGAAAUUCCAAAAUCAAAGUGAAAUCCAUAGAUUUUACUAACUUUAAUUAUCUGUGAUAUUGACAGCUCUAUAUCUUCAAAACUCAAACGGACCUUUUUCUAGAAUAUAUGUCAAUAUAUAGUACAAAUUGUGUACUUCAGAUCAGCGGCGUAACUAGGAUAUUUUUACCAUUGGGCGAGCUGCCUUAGUUCAGCAAAACUGAUUGGACCACACUAGGAUAAUUCGAGCAGUAAGUGGGCCACAAAACCCAUUUUUCAAAUAUUCCGCUGAAGAAACCAGAAAGUUCGAAAUCAUAUUGGGUCAAGGCUGGAAUCCCAUUGGGCUAUGGUCCAAUGCCCCCCUCUCCCACGUAGUUAUGCCUAUGCUUCAUAUUAGUAUAGAAAGUGGAAAAGGGUCCUCUCUGGUUAUUGUAGUUUUAAGUAGGCAGAAUAUAGAAUAAAUUCACAGCCAGCACUGCUUCUUUUGAAUAUAGAAUAAAUUUCAAUUAAAAUAUAAAAUUUUGCCUCUCCUUAUUUUGUUCUUUAAAGAGAAAUAACGUUCUAUAUACAUAUAUACGAACCAUGCUGUACCGCGCAAUCGAUUAUACUGAUUCUGAAUAUACAAAGAUCUCAAAGAAAAACCUAAUUUUGAUUUAAUCUUAUUUUGAUAUUUCAUUUUAUGUGAUUAUUCACUGAAUAAGUAAAGUUUGAACACACAUUAUCUCUCAGUGUCAUGACCCGAAGAGAAAGCCGGAAAGUCAUGGUAGUCAAAAAGAGCUGCUGCAUAUAAAAGAAGUAUGAUUUGUUAAACGUUAAUCGCCAAUAUCGAGAGCCAUCUAUCUUAAAAACUAAAAGGGAUCUUUUUCUAGAAAAUACAUCAGUAUAUAGUACAACGUGUGUACUUCAAACUACUAUAAAAAGUAGAAAAUGGUCCUCUCUAGUUAAUUUAAUUUUAAUUCUCGAAGUUGUUAGAAUAUAGGAUGAGAACUGCUUCGUUUAGACAUAAUAAAUGAAUAUCUAGAUUAAAAUAGAAAAAUUGUUCUUUUCUCCUUUUCUUGAUGUCUAUGCCCUAGUGAAAGUACUCAUACGAUGAGUACGACUUUACUCAUAAUUCGUCCAUGAGUACUCAUAUUAGUAGUACUAACAAUUUUUGAGUAUUGUUACUCAGUUACUCAUGUGAGUACUCAGAAAAUAUUCAUUCACCGUUUUAGUUUGCUAAACUGAAACUGUAUAAAGAACGUAGAAUUUAGUGAAGAAAUAUAGAAUAUUUAUGUUAUUACUUUCUCACUGGUCUCUCCGUAUAUAGUCAGGGAUGGACUCGUCUAUGCCUAGACUUGUAGUCCUACUUUGGCUGCCUGAGAUCACUUCUCUGUAUGAAAAUAUCAGAUGAACAAUACUCAUGAGUAUUAUCAAAAGUUAUGUGAGUACUCAACAAUACCUUAGCAUGAGUACUCAAAGUCGUACCUACAGUACUCGUUACUCACUCAUGAGUACUCAUGUGAGUACUCAAUGAGUACUGAAAAUGCAAGAGUACGUAUGAGUACUCGUGCGGUUUUUCCAGCAGAGUACUUUUUGAGUACUCACACAUGAGUACAUUCACUAGGGUGUUCACUUCUAUAAGCGCGAAGAAGGAAGAAAGAUCAAACAGAUGGCUUUCUUUGAAGUUGGAAGGUGAACUAAGUUGUACUGUACUGUAGGAAAUCGUGAAAUCUCAACACGAAGAUCCUCGAGUAAAAGUCACAGUUGCCUUAGCGAGAUUACAACGUAAUUGACUAUUCCUAAUAUCUAGACUCCCAAACCACUUUUCUUUACAAAAUAAUGAUCAAACUAUCAUAUGUUGUUUCUUUCCUUUUCGUUCCACAGUAUAGUUCGGCAGCAUCGACUGGCUCAUAGUCGAUUCUAUAAUUAGUCUAUGUAAUAACUGAACAAACCUCUUCUAUUCAUAUACCACGAGGCUUAAAUUAAAAAAUAUCUCAUUGUCUAGCCCGAUUGUUCUUCAAUAACCCAUGCAAAUGCCUCAGGUUAUGGCUAAACCGUUUCUGAGUAAAUCUUAAAAUAUAAACACUGCUAGAAAACAUUUGUUACGUUUUUGUGAAGCAGUCAGAAAAAACUGACAAAGAUUCGACAUGAAAGAGUCGUCUUUCCGCUACAAAAUAGUAUAUCCGAAAAAUCCGUGCUCGUCGUUUUUAUUAGCAGUUCUUCUUUUAGAUCAAGUCGGAAGUGGGCCCACGUGGAAUGACCAGAAAAUCAAGUACCAAAACUUGAUUUGGAAACAUUUUAUAAAUAGCUCAGUCUUGUAGAGCAAAUAGAAGAAAGUACCGAGCCUAACAACUGGCGCCGUGACCCGUCCAAUAGCAUACAAUUGGCGAAUUAUUUAGUUUUAGCAGGACAAGAGCAAGCUUAGCAACAGAAGUUGAAAAUUCCCAUAAAAUAUGCUCAAUGUACAAUCUGAUAAAUGACUUUUGCACUAUGAUCGAAAAAUAUUUAAGUAACCGUUGUUCGAAACUUUCAGAAUAUAUAUAGUUUCUAAUCCGUUUGCCAAAAUUUCAGCUCAAUCUGUGUGGUGGAAGAAAGUAGAGCUGUCAAACUUUCUCAUAAUGAUGUACGUAUAUUCCAUUAAAGGAGAAUUUUACAGGCAAAAUUCAAUUUACUGAUGUGGAGUUCUUUUAUCCAGCAAGACCAGAAGCACUGAUAUUAAAUAAAUUUAAACUGACGAUUAAACUGGAUCAACGACAAAUAGCUUUAGUGCAAGUGGUUGUGUUCGUGGAUGGUUAUGACAUACGUGAAUUAAAUUUGCAAUGGUUACGUUCUCAGAUUGCUAUAGUUAGUCAGGAGCCAGUUUUAUUUGAUCUGACAAUUAGAGAAAAUAUUGCCUAUGGUGAUCAUUCACGAUCAAUGGAAGAUGUUACAAUGGCUGAAAUAAUGGAUGCGGCCAAUAAAGCAAAUAUACAUGAUUUUAUACAAACAUUGCCACAGAUUGUACAAGAAGCGCUUGAACGUGCACAAUUAGACGAAAAUCGUACGACAAUAAUGAUUGCACAUCGUCUUUCAACUAUCCGAAACUGCGAUUUAAUAUGUGUUAUAGGACAAAAUGGACAAAUUAUUGAAUAUGGUCAACACAAUGAGUUGAUAAAACAAUGUGGAUACUAUUAUAAGUUAACAUUAGCAAAUUCCUAG